AAAAACCGUGGACAGCUCAAACGGUCAGCUGUCACAUGUGUUCCGUUGCUGUCGUUGACGUAAACAUAGAGUACAUCUUUAGAUUACAAAUUUAUUCUAAGGAAUCUUUGGGGAACUAGAAUCUAGGUCAUGUCUGAAGACGUGAGUGUCAUAGUGGUGGGUUCCUGUAUGACAGAUUUAGUAAGCCAGGCACCUCGCCUUCCCAAGGCUGGAGAAACAAUACAUGGAUACAAGUUUUUUAUCGGUUUCGGUGGUAAAGGUGCAAAUCAGUGUGUUCAAGCUGCAAGAAUGGGGGCCAAGACUGCCAUGGUGUGCAAGGUCGGCAAGGACUUUUUUGGGGACAACUACAUUCAGAAUUUCAAAAAGAAUGGCGUAUCAACUGCUUUUGCAAAGCAGACUGAAAAGGCUGCGACUGGUGCUGCCUCUAUUAUUGUAAAUGACACAGGGGAGAACGCCAUUGUGAUUGUGGCUGGUGCUAACAUGCUGCUGGGCCAGGAGGAGCUGCAACACACACAAUCUGCCAUCAGUAGGGCCAAGGUGCUGAUCUGCCAGCUCGAAAUUAAUCCAGAUGCCUCACUAUAUGCCUUGAGAAUGGCAAAGGAAAACCACGUGAAGACCAUUUUUAAUCCAGCUCCUGCUAUUGUGGACUUGCAUUCUGAUUUCUACAAAGCAUCUGAUAUUUUCUGCUGCAAUGUGUCAGAGGCAGAGCUGCUAACAGGGAUGCCUGUUUCCUCAGUGGAAGAUGCCUGUCGAGUAGGCUUGGAUUUGCUAGAAAAAGGUUGUGGUUCAGUCAUUGUCUCCAUGGGGCCACAGGGCUGUGUGGUAUGUCAGUCCGUAAAUGUGGCCCCCAAACUAGUCCCCACCAUCACUGUCACUGCUGUGGACACUACGAGGGACUUUGCGGGGGAUUCUUGAAAAUAGAUUAGCUUCACACAGACGUCUUCUAACUGUCACAGUACUUACAGGUAACUCCCAGACUGUCUUUGAUCAUCCUGGAGGUGAUCAUUGGCUGAGCCUUUGCCAUUCUGGUUAUUCUUCUAUCCAUUUUGAUGGUUGUCUUCAGUUUUCUUCCACGUCUCUCUGGUUUUGCUCUCCAUUUUAAGGCAUUGGAGAUCAUUUUAGCUGAACAGCCUAUCAUUUUUUGCACCUCUUUAUAGGUUUUCCCAUCUCCAAUCAACUUUUUAAUCAAAGUACGCUGUUCUUCUGAACAAUGUCUUGAACGACCCAUUUUUCCUCAGCUUUCAAAUGCAUGUUCAACAAGUGUUGGCUUCAUCCUUAAAUAGGGGCCACCUGAUUCACACCUGUUUCUUCACAAAAUUGAUGACCUCAGUGAUUGAAUGCCACACUGCUAUUUUUUUGAACACACCCCUUUCAACUAAUUGCCCAAUUGCACAGCCUUAAGAGCGUGCAUAUCAUGAAUGCUGGGUCUUGUUUGUUUUCUGAGAAUCUACUGAACCUACUGGUAACUUGUUUGCCACGUAGCAAUAAAAAAUAUACUAAAAACCUUGAUUAUUCUGGUUAGUCACAUUGUACUGCUAUUAUUUUGAACAAUACUGUAUAGCUGAGUAUCAUCUGCAUAACAGUGGAAGCUAAUUCCAUGUUUUCUAAUAAUGUUGCCAAGGGGCAGCAUGUAUAUGGAGAAAAGCAGGGGUCCAAAAAACGAUCCCUGAGGUAAUCCAUAUUUUACUUGCGUUAGAUUUGACGAUUUCCCAUUUAAAUGGACAUAUUGAUAUUUGUCUGAUAAGUAAGAUCUGAACCAUUGUAGUGCCUGUCCCUGAAUACCGGUACAAUUGUGUAAAUGAUCUAAUAGUAUUUUAUGGUCUACAGCAGGGUUACUCAAAUCUUACCCUGGAGAUCCGGAGCACUGCAGAGUUUAGCUCCAACCCUGAUCAAACUUGCAUACCUGUGAUUUUCUAGUGAUACUGAACAACUUGAUUAGCUUGCUCAGGUGUGUUUGAUCAGGGCUGGAGCUAAACUCUGCAGUGCUCCGGACCUCCAGGGUAAGAUUUGAGUAACCCUGGUCUACAGUAUCGAAAGCAGCGCUAAGGUCAAGCAGGAGUGAGAUGUUACCUUUAUCUGAUGCAAUAAGAAGGUCAUUUGUAAUUCUAACGAGUGCAGUUUCAGUGCUAUGAUGCGGUCUAAAGCCAGACUGAACUUUUCGUGCAUGUCAUUAUUUUGUAGGAAAGUACACGACUGAUUGGACACUACUUUUUCUAGUAUUUUAGACAAGAACGGGAGAUUUGAAAUCAGUCUAUAGCUUCCAAGUUCAUUGGGGUCUAAGUUUUUGAUAAGAGCCUUAAUUACAGCCAGCUUAAAGGGUCCUGGGACAUGGCCUAGAUUAAUUGACGAGUUGAUAAUGUUAUAAAUGAGAUCAAUUGCAACAGGUAGUAACUCUUGUAAUAAUGUAGUUGGGAUGGGGUCUAAUAAGCAUGUUGUCGGUUUGGAUGUUGCAAUAAGUUUAAUUAAAACUUCCUGAUUUAUAGGAGAAAAACACUCUAGCUUUUCUUUUUGGUCGACGGUUGAAACGAAUUCUUCCGACACACUUGGAGGUUUGGUUUCAGCUAUGUUGUCUCGUAUUAUUUCGAUUUUCUCAGUAAAAAACUUCAUAAAUUCAUUGCUACCAAGGUGCGGCGGAAUACCCAGGUCAGGUGGAGUCUGUUUGUUUGUUAGUUUGGCAAUUGUACUAAAUAAAAACCUUGGAUUGUUUUUGUUAUUUUCUAUUAGGUUACGGAAGUGCUCAGCUUUUGCUGCUUUUAGUGCCUUUUUGUAACAGCUUGCAAUCUCUUUCCAUGCAAUUUCAAAGACCUCUAAUUGGGUUUGUUUCCAUUUUCGCUCCAGUUUACGCGUUUCUCUUUUUAGGGCGCGAGUGGUGUUAUUAUACCAUGGUGCUAUGAUCUUUUCAUUAAUCUUUUUUGACUUCAUAGGUGCGACCGCUUCUAAUAUAUUCGAAAAAAGUGCCCAUGUUGCUGGUCAUGUCAUCGAGCGAUUCUAUAUUUGUUGACAAGGUUAUUAAAGGCGUCAGAUCUGGCAAGUAGUUGCUAGGUGAUUGCUCUACCCUGUCAAUAACGAGAUAUACAACUGAUUUCUGCAGUGUACAAGAUGGUGAUCGGAAACAUCGUCGCUUUGAGGUUUAAUAUCGAUAUUGGUUAGAUCGGCUCCAUGAGAUAUAAACAAGUCUAGUGUAUGAUUGGUUGAUGGGUAGGUCUCUUAUAUGUUAUUAUCCCCCAUUUUCUGCAUAUUUUAGAAUCUUUUUGACUGUAAAUCUUAUUAUAUUUGUAUUGUCAUUGUUAUUGAACACAUGAAGGUAACAAGGUGCAAAAUGGCAUAGAAAGCCCUCCUGAAAUCUGUCAGUAUUGCUUUAUCAGCUUCAGAUAAAGGAAACAUCUCACUCUUAGUCCUGCUUGACCUUAGUGCUGCUUUUG